AUGCAUAUUCAGACGGUCAUAGGCAUGAUCCUACUAGGCCUAUUAGGCCCCAUCUGGAGCCCGGAACAAAGUCUUGUCGUGGGCCGAACACUAUCCGGUACGAAGUCGACUAGGGCCCGGGAGGUCAGAUCCUUACUCUCCGGCCUAGGUGUGAACUGGAACAGUAAACCGCAAGUCGAAAAGAACAAGAUCGUCAAGCAGGAGGUCAUCAGCAAGGAAUACCAUGGGCGCCUGGAUUCAGACGACAUCAGCGUAUGGAAAGCCAGCGUGGCGGGCUUCGGCGAGGUGUGGCUCAAGUACCAAAACUCACCGCGGUACCUGAAUGCCGAGAUCAGAGCGUACCAAGAGAUUGAAAAGAUAGAAGGAAACCCCAUCGGCCCCGAGUUCAAAGCAAUCGUUAUCGACGAGAACGGCAGGCGGGUUGGCUUCCUCAUAGAGUUGCUCGAUGGCGUGUCGAAGCCUACCAAGGACGACAAGGACAACUGUGUAGAGACACUAAAGGCUUUCCACAAGACGGGACUCAUUCACUCUGAUGUCAACCUGGGGAACUUCCUUAUAAAAGACCGGAGCCUUGUGAAAGAUCGGAGCUGCUACAUCAUUGAUUUCCAGUAUGCUCAUCGGCCGAUUGACCCCGAGGCUUUCGGUCAGGAGAUCAUAAAAUUCGAGAACAAUAUAGAUGCGGCUUGA